AUGAUAAUAUUAUCAAUUAUUGAUAAUACACAGUAUCGAUGUGUUGAUCCGCAAUGUUCACCAAUUACAGUUACUUCGACUUCAACUAUGCAAGCUUGCCAAUCAGCUUGUUUAAUUAAUAAAGAUUGUCGGACAGCGACUUUUGAUCAAUCAAAUCAUCAAUGUGACCUAUUCAUUGAUAUUGUUCGACAAUAUGGUCAAAUGAUAACAAAUGAAAAUGUUGUAACUAUGACUGCAAUUGAUAAUCGACAAUUAUCAGCUAUAAGCGAAAGAAACUGGAUCAUGAAUGGUGAUGCAGAAACGGGUCCAUGUGCAUCAGAUAGUAGUGUUGUAAGUCCAACUGAUUGGAAUCAUAAUGGAACAGUUACUCAAGCAUACUAUAAUAACACAUACUCAACUCACAGAUCUACAGAACCAGGACCGAGUGAUCGUGGUAGUUGUCAUUUCUAUGGUCAGGCUAGUCCCACGACAGCGAUGUGGCAAAAGCAAAAUUUCACAAGUUAUUUCUGUUCAUUGAUUGAUGCCCAAACAGUUCGGUUCAAUUUUUCAGCGUGGAUUGGCGGCGCUGGUAAUCAAGAUGACGUUGUUGAAGCUUCACUAAGGUUUUUCAAUCAAUCAAAUCAAAUGGUCGGAAAUACGACGACUAUUGGACCAGUACGAGCUGCAGAUCGUGGUAAUGUGACCUCACUGCUUUUUCGACAAGCGAAUGGACUUGUACCAAGUGGCACUCGCUCGUUUGAAGUUUUUGUUAAAUUUACUCGCUCGGGUGGCACGUAUGAUAACGGUGCUAUCGAUAAUAUUGUUCUUAUUAUGAAUGAAUAA